AGCUGGGGUUAAUGUGGCUGUGAGGGCGGGCCGCUGGAGCUCGGGCUCAGUCGCUGCUGACGCUGCCGAGGAACACACAUCAGCUUCUGACUGCUGGAGUAUCACUCAUCCAGGUUCUCCUCAUCUGGACACUGAAGCACAUCUUCUCCGUGUUGUGUGUGUCUGUGAGCCGCUGCUGUCCUGAUCACACUUGAGGGCGGGGCUAAACUCACUUCAGACGCAGCUCAUUGGUCACGAGGCGGUGAUGGACAUGCAGAGGGACGGCCCAUUGGCCCUGCUGCUGCUCUUCCUGGGUCACAUGAUCACGGCGCUGGAGGUUCCUCUGGACCCGAAACUUCUGGAAGAGCUGCCGCAGCCUCCCACAAUCACCCAUCAGUCACCGAAGGACUACAUCGUAGAUCCGCGCGAGAACAUCGUCAUCCACUGCGAGGCCAAAGGGAAACCGCAUCCCAGCUUCUCGUGGACCAGGAACGGGAUGCAUUUUGACAUGGAUAAGGAUCCUAAAGUCCUGAUGAAGCCUCGUUCAGGGACGCUGGUGAUGGACAUCAGCGGAGGAGAGCGGGCCGAGGCGUACGAGGGCGUCUAUCAGUGCUCCGCUCACAACGAGCUCGGCACCGCCGUCUCCAACAGCAUCAUCAUCCGCCAGUCCAGAUCUCCUCUGUGGUCUAAAGAGAGAAUCAGUCCAAUCGUUGCACAGAUGGGACAGUCUUUAAUUCUGCACUGCCGCCCCCCCGCCGGCCUCCCGCCGCCCAUCAUAUUCUGGAUGGACAACAAUUUCCAGCGUCUGCCGCAGAGCCGGCGUGUGUCUCAGGCUCUGAACGGAGAUCUCUACUUCUCCAACGUCCAGCCGGAGGACUCCAGGAGCGACUACAUCUGCUACGCUCGCUUCCCACACACACAGACCAUCCAGCAGAAGCAGCCCAUCAGCGUCCGUGUGCUCGACAUGGAUUCACUCAAUGACACACUGGCAGAUUAUUUCAAUGACACUGAUUUGUUUAGUGAUAAACCCGCAGAAGAGCGAGCACCUGUGUUCAUGGUUCCCAGCGAGUCUGUCAGCUCUAAAAUGGUUCUGAGAGGAGAGGUUCUAGAGAUGGAGUGCGUCGCUGAUGGCCUUCCCACUCCUGCGGUCUCAUGGGUUAAACACAACGGUGAGAUUCCCAGCGGACGAGCGUCCUUCCUGAACUUCGAUAAGACUCUGCGGAUCACGGAUGUGUCGGAGACGGAUGCUGGAGAAUAUCGCUGCAUCGCCAAGAACCGGCACGGCUCUGUUCACCACAACAUCAGAGUCACGGUUAACGCGGCUCCGUACUGGAUCAGUGCUCCCAGGAAUUUGGUUCUGGCUCCGAAGGAGAUGGGCAUCAUCACGUGCCGGGCCGCCGGACACCCCAAACCCAGCAUCCGCUGGCUGGUGAACGGCCUGCCCAUCGAGGAUGCUCCUAAAGACCCCAGCAGGAGAGUGGAAGGAGACACCCUCAUAUUCUCCGAGGUCCAGACGGGCUCCAGCGCAGUUUACCAGUGUAACGCCUCCAACCAAUACGGAUACUUACUGUCCAACGCAUUCGUCAAUGUACUGGCGGAGCCGCCCAGAGUCCUAACGCUGCCUAAUAUAGUCUAUCAGGUCAUUAUGAACAAACCCGCGCUGCUGGAGUGUGUGACGUUCGGCUCGCCCGUCCCGACCAUCACAUGGUUUAAGGACAGCCUCUCCAGCAUGUUGGAGGGAAAUGCUUAUGUCUUCCAUGAGAACGGAACGCUGGAGAUCGACAUGUCUCAACCCUCAAACAGCGGGAAAUACACCUGCGUGGCCAGGAAUAACCUCGGCAUCUCCGAGAACCACAUCUACCUGGAGGUCAAAGAGCCCACGAGGAUCCUGAGGCCGCCGGAGUACCGGGUGGUCCAGAGGAACAGGGACGUGGUGUUUGAGUGUAAAGCCAAGCACGACCCGUCCCUCGUGCCCACCAUGACCUGGCUGAAGGACGACGGAGAGCUGCCUGAUAAUGAGAGGUUUAGAGUGGACUCGGACAGUCUGACCAUCACAGACGUCACAGAGAGCGAUGCAGGGACGUACACGUGUAUCAUGAACACCACGCUGGACCAGGACUCGGCCAGCGCUCAGCUCACGGUGGUCGAGGCCCCGCCCACUCCCGCAGUGAUCUACGAGCAUCCGGGAACGCCGACUGAUCUGGAGCUGACGGAUCCGGGAGCGAGAAGCGUUCAGCUCACCUGGACACCUGGAGACGAACACAACAGCCCUAUCAAGAAGUUCCUGAUCCAGUAUGAGGACGCUCUCCACCAGAGCGGCGUGUGGCACAAUCUGACGGAGGUUCCUGGAACCAAGACCACGGCUCACCUGAAGCUCUCUCCGUACGUCCACUACAGCUUCAGAGUGCUGGCACUCAAUGAUGUGGGCUUCAGCCGUCCCAGCAUGCCCUCGCGCCAGUACAGGACCAGCCCCGCAGCUCCUGACGAGAACCCUACUGAGGUCAAAGGUCACGGCACCGAACACAAUAAUCUGGUCAUCACGUGGAAGCCGCUGACGCCUCUGCAGGCCAACGGUCCCGGCCUGCAGUAUAAGGUCAUGUGGCGUCAGCAGGACAUGGAGAAAGACUGGACGUCGGUCAGCGUGGCUAACGUCUCUAAGUUCGUUGUGUCGGGGACGCCCACGUUUGUGCCGUACGAGGUGUUGGUUCAGACGCUGAACGAAAACGGUCCUGGACCUAAACCCAGCGCUGUGAUUGGAUACUCCGGAGAGGACUUUCCGUCAGCAGCUCCGGGUGACGUGCGUGUCCUGGUGCUGAACAGUACGCUAGCAGAGGUGCGCUGGAGCCCCGUUUCGCCCGAAUCCGUGCGCGGCCGACUGCAGGGCUAUAAGGUGCAUUACCAUCGUGAGCGCAGUUUACACCGACACAACUCUCAUCACGGCAAACACAGGACUGAGAUCUUCAGCCCCAACAAAACCAGCGGGAAACUGCCUGACCUGCUGCCGUACAGCGUCUACAGCCUGGAGGUGACGGCCUUCAACGGCCGAGGAGAAGGUCCCUCCAGCGUCCCGCAGCGCUUCGAGACACCCGAGGGCGUUCCAGGCGCACCGUCCUUCUUCAAGGUUUCUGCUUUAGAUCUGGACUCUCUGACGCUGGAAUGGGGUCCACCUCACGAGAGGAAUGGCCGUCUGUCCGGAUACACCUUCAAAUAUCAGACCGUCGACAGCAAAAGUGAUUUGGGUCUGUUGGAGGAGCUGGAUCUGCCGUCCAAUCAGAGCAGCUUCACGCUGCACAACCUCCUUCACAGCACACGCUACAAGUUUUAUAUCAGUGCCAGAACGCAGAGAGGAGUCGGUCCCGCGCUCACCGAGGAGGCCGUCACUGUCCUCGACAGAGCGCCGCCGGUCGCUCCUGCAUUUGGGAAUGUCAGCUCAUCCGUGAGCGAGGAUGGAGCGCUGAUCAGUUGGGAAUACUGGGGCCCUGAGAAACACCUUUAUGUUGAAUAUAUUAUAGACAAGAGUGAUGAAGACUGGAACAAAGAGAAGGUCAACGGCUCUCAGUUCCACGUUCUUAAGAAUUUGAAGAAAGGUUUGGCCUACAAGGUGCGUGUGGUGGCCCGGGGUCAUGACGACCAAGCGGUCCAUCACUCUGAGGAGCUGUUGGUUAAUGUCCCAGCGAUGGUGAGUCCGCAGGUGGACAUCGCCACUCAGGGCUGGUUCAUCGGUCUGAUGUCGGCCAUCGCUCUGCUCAUCCUCAUCCUGCUCAUCAUCUGCUUCAUCAAGAGGAACAAGGGCGGCAAAUAUCCAGUUAAAGAGAAGGAAGAUGCUCACGGAGACCCGGAGAUCCAGCCCAUGAAGGACGAUGAUAUCACGUUUGGAGAGUACAGUGACGAGGACCAUAAACCGCUCAAAGGGAGCCGAACUCCGUCCAGUGGAAGCGUUAAGCGCGACGGCAGCGACGACAGUUUAGUCGACUCCGGAGACACGCAGUUCAACGAGGACGGCUCGUUUAUCGGACAGUAUAGCGGGAGGUCGGAUAAAGAGGCGACGCCUCCGUCUCUGGUGAACGCCAUGAACUCAUUCGUGUGAGAUCCGCUGGUUCAUGAACCACGCUUCAGUUUACUAGAGACUAAACGAGCCUGACUGAAGCAGACGGCUGCGUCUGUACGGAUCUCGGAGGAUGAUUAACCAGGCUGUGUUCACAAUAGCACACUAUCAUACUACUGCAGUAUGUACUAUUAUGCAAUCAUCUAGAUAUCAGGCAAAAAUAUAAACAUUUUCAUUUAUGAUUUGAUCACUCAGACGGAAUUCACACCUUAAGGAAUUGUUCCUCCAAACUGAAAAUGUGCUCACACCCAGGUUAUCUGAGAUUAGGAUGAGUUUGUUUCUUCAUCAG